UUGUGUGUAGUCGCACCCAUAUUUUCUUGUACCUUAUUUGAAGUAUUAUUCUUCCUUUUUCAUAGCUAAACUAUACCCGGCUCGUAUAUAAAUGGCUCUUUCUUCAUCCCAAAACUCAUUCAUUCAUAUCUUUCCUACUAAAAAAUACUAAAGAUCAUAACAAGAGUUGAAAAAUGAACGGGAAGGAGGGCGGUUUUGUUGUUGAAAUAUCGUCUAGUACCAAAGAUGAACUCCCAAAAACCUCAAACAAAGCCGCGGUUUUUAUGUAUGCAAUCUUGGAUUUUGCUAAAGAAGACCGUAACCGAGUGACAUUCUCUCUAAAAGUUGGUCUUGCUGUUCUCCUUGUGUCUCUACUCAUUCUAGUUCAAGCACCUUAUAAAGUGUUUGGCACCACCAUCAUAUGGUCCAUCCUCACAGUCGCGAUCAUGUUUGAAUAUACCGUUGGGGCAACAUUUCAUAAAGGAUUCAACCGUGCACUCGGAAGCUUGUUUGCUGGAGUCUUGGCCGUUGCUGUUGCUGAAUUAGCUUUGAUGGGUGGUCCAGUUGCCGAACCUAUUAUAAUAGGCAUCAGUAUUUUUGUGAUAGGGACUUUAACAUCAUUCAUGAAGUUAUGGCCAACCCUUGUGCCAUAUGAGUAUGGUUUUCGAGUUAUACUAUUUACGUACUGCUUGAUCAUCGUUUCGGGGUACCGGAUGGGGAAUCCAGUUAGAACAUCGAUUGAACGGUUUUACUCAAUUGUGAUUGGAGCAAUUGUAACAGUAGCAGUGAACACUCUGAUUUUUCCUAUAUGGGCUGGUGAGCAGUUGCACAUGGAACUAGUCAAAAACUUUAACUCAGUCGCAGACUCACUUGAAGAAUGUAUCAAAAAGUACUUGACUGGUGAUGGAUCAGAUCAAUCAGUGUUCACCAAGACUUUUAUGGACGAAUUCCCAGAUGAGCCUGCUUACAAAAAGUUCCGAUCCACAUUAAACUCGUCUGCUAAACUCGAGUCCUUGGCUCUUUCAGCUAAAUGGGAACCGCCACAUGGCAGGUUCCGACAAGCGUUCUAUCCUUGGAGUGAAUACGUCAAAGUUGGCACGGUCUUAAGAUAUUGUGCAUACGAGAUCAUGGGACUUCAUGGUGUUCUUCACUCCCAAAUUCAGGCACCAUAUAAUUUAAGAGUCAUAUUUGAGACAGAGAUACUAGAAGCAACAAAUAAGGCUGCAGAGUUGAUUAGAUGCUUAGGAAAAGAUAUAUAUGACAUGAAACAAACCCGAAAGUGUUCUUUACUGAAAAACGCGCAUAGUUCAACAGAAAAACUCCAAAGAGUGAUAGACGCGCGUUUGUUUAACAAAGAUUAUAAUACAGAAGAACCCGAGAUAAAUUACCAAAGCCAAAGGCAGUCAAUGUCACUUGUUACUUUCACAUCAUUGCUGAUAGAGUUUGUGGCCCGGCUUGAUCAUUUGGUUGAAGCUGUCAACGAGCUUUCCAAAAUGGCCAAAUUCAAACCUCAGAGUCUAUGAACAACCUGUGGCUUUCCUACUAAUGAAGAUAGAAUAAAGUAACAUGAAAGUAUAAAAGUAUUCAUCAUCAGAUUUAAUAAACCAAAGAAAAGAACAAAUUGACAUAAAUCUUGGAAUUUUACCUAGGCCCUGCUUCAAAUAUAUGUGUUAUUGUUGUGGCUAUAUGACUAAGUCAACAGGUGAGUAAAACAGAUGAUUAAAAGCCUCCAGGAUCUGUUACUCUUUGACACUUAGAGCUCGGUACCAUAAUAAAACGAUGACGUUGAAUACCACCUCAUGGACCCUCAUGUAAGUUCCCGAGUGUGUUCACCUUCAUCGAAACCAGUAUUCAUCUUGAUUUUGUAAGUUCUGUUGGUGAUG